GUUUAGAGGCUGAUCCACGCGUCACACACCAUCACUUGAGUGUGUGAGUGUGUGUGUGUGUGUGUGUGUGUGUGUGUGUGUGUGUGUUACUACAUGAGCUGCUACGCACUUGGGCAGACACAGACAGAUGCAGAGACAUGAUGUGACAUUCGGCCACGCGUAAUUUGCGCAUUUGGAGAGCGGCGCGCACCGUGAAUGCACCGCUCUCUCUCUCUCUCUCUCUCUCUGAUGAUUUGGCUGUUUCCGGACGUCUUGAUGCUGUUGGAGUGAGUCCAGGGAUGCUGCGGCUUGUCUGGCUGCCGGAGUGCCGCCGCGCAACGUGGGGCUGCGCCCUCCACAUCUGCUGAGCGGGAGAGGCGCGUUUCUGCGCGUUUUCUGCCCUUUUCCGACCUUAUGCUCUGACUCUGACGGAGGGAAGAAGCCGCUAUGGAUCACUCCUGGGACAUUUAAGCGUCUCCUGCGGUGAUAUCGCUCGCUGCUGGGACUGUGGGAGUGCAUGCUCUUCCUCCUUCACUGCCUGCAAGAUGGGGAAUAGUUUCUCCAAUUUGGCCGCCUUCCAGUCCUUGCACAUAGUCAUGCUCGGGCUGGACUCUGCGGGCAAAACCACCGUGCUGUACCGGCUGAAAUUUAACGAGUUCGUCAACACGGUGCCCACCAUCGGCUUCAACACGGAGCGGAUCCGGCUGGGCGGCGCGGGGGCCUCCAGGGGCAUCAGCUGCCACUUCUGGGACGUCGGGGGCCAGGAGAAGCUGCGGCCCCUGUGGAAGCCCUACAGCCGCUGCACGGACGGUAUCGUGUACGUGGUGGACUCCGUGGACGCCGAGAGGCUGGAGGAGGCCCGGACCGAGCUGCACAAGAUCACCCGGUUCUCGGAGAACCAGGGGACCCCGCUGCUGGUCAUCGCCAACAAGCAGGACCUGCCCCGGGCGCUGGAUGUUGGGGAGAUCGAGAGGCAGCUGGCCCUGGCCGAGCUGAGUCCCUCCACCCCGUACCACGUCCAGCCGGCCUGCGCCAUCAUAGGAGAGGGGCUGGAUGAGGGCAUGGACAAACUGUAUGAGAUGAUAGUGAAGAGGAGGAAGUCUCUGAAGCAGAAGAAGAAGAGGCAGUGAUGGCUGCAUGAUGGCAAAAGAAGCUACGAUAAAGCCCCACUGCUGAAAUAUUAUAGGAUGGAUUUUACGUAGCUGAUAAAACAUCAGAAAUAUCAUCACUGACUACCACAGCAGCAUAUGAUGGGAAAUGUGUAUAGUGAUGCCACAUGAGCUAAAAAACCCCAGUAUUUAAACUUAUUAGCAUCCAUAUGUUCCUAUAGGAAUGUUACAGACAGUGAAGAUAGAAACGCCUGAACUUCAUUUACCAACAUCUUUAUUUGCAGAAAACAACCAGAGGAUGUUAUGAAUGAUAGAACCUCACAGAUUACUGAUGAUAAUCUCAGAUUUAUGGGAAAUAUUGAUGGUUUGCCUUGAUGAAUGACUGUUCACCCUCUUUACAGAUAGAGAUAAACGGUGGCGCUCCCUGUGUGUUAGUCCCUGAUGUAGGAAUAUUAAUAGGACUGCUCCAUUAGGGAUGUCUACAUUAUAGCGGAGAUGUUUUAGAGAGUGUGUGGCUCCACUGGCUGAGCUCCCUGUUGCUGCCGUGUUGUGCUGUUGCACAGAUGUGAGACUGUUGUAAAUGUGAUUAGGGAUGCACUGAUGCACAGACUGGUGUUUAGAGCAAAGACGACUCCCCUGAGAAGACACACUGAACUCCCCAUCUCUCCCAUCCUCCAUUGUUUACUUACUUACAGCCCUCCCUGCUACUUUGAGCUGACAGUAUAAACCUGAAUGAAUGAAUAAGGCUAAGUCCAGGAAGGUCAGUGUGGUCUCACCUUUACAGGAAUAUUUCUUCAAAAUCCAACAAGCAGAUUAUUUGAAUUCGAGCAGUAGAAAGAAAUCAGUGAAAUUCAGUUCACCCACUGACCGCUCUUUCUUGCAUGUUGAGUUAUUUUUGAGUGCUGUGUCUUUCCCAGAGAAACCCUCUUUGAUUACACCUCCCUCUGGAGGUCUUCAGCUCUGUGAGCAGCUGAUUCUGUCUCUGCAGAACUCAGCAGACGUCUGCUUCAGACCAGAAAUCAACCACUUUAUCACUUCAUCUGUUCUUUUGUUUUUGGACUAUUUUCAUAGUUGCACGUUGGAUUCACGACAACAUAUUUCAGCUGUAUGAGUGCAUGUAGCUCUUGGUUUCUGUGCCACUUUUCUUCCAUGCAAAAUAACUAGUUGCUAACAAAAGUUGCCAUAUGUGUUUACAGCUGGAUAUAUUUGCUACAGAGCGUGAGGACCUACAAAUCAUCUCCAGCUGCAAUGAUUUUACACCAAACACUUGUAGUAAGCACAUAACAUUUUUGCCGUGGCUAGAAAACAAAAUGCUGUAUUUGCUGCUGGUUGCUUUUUAGGGACAGGGGUGAAAAAACGCUGAUAAGGGCUAACAGUGGUUUAUUAGACUAUGUUUAAAAAAUCCAACACAUCAGACUUCUGUUAGAGACAGAACAACAAAGUCCUGGACUUAUUCCCUCUGUUAUCCCUGGUGUUUUUACUCCACUGACCUUUAACAGCAAAGUGGGAAUUUGAUGUCAGAUCCAGUUCAAAACUGUUGCUUGAUAUUUGAGCUUGAUGAAUAACUUAAACAAUUAGUCAGUGCCAAAUAACGAACUCUCUCAUGCACAAUAACUCAGUGUUUUAUUUAAGCCAACAGACAAAUCAUGUCCAUUAAUCAAGUGCCAACAACCAUUCUGCAUUGUGCAUGACCUGAAAAGUGUCUGAUAUAUAACAACACACUAAAUAGUUGUAAACAUAGAGUGGAAGAUUUUGCAUGCAGCAACCAAACAAAUCAGUUAUUUACAACUCUCCUUUCCAGUUUGAGGAGAAGAAAUAAAUCUAAAGUGAAUGUUUGAGAAAAGGCUGUUUAGAUUAACAGAGUCUCUAUACGUUUCACUUCAGUUGAACAUUAAGAUCACUUAAGUCGAUCGACUGAAUGGUUAAUUGAUUCAUUGUUUCAGUCCUAGUUUCUUUUUACACACCUUUUUUCUUACCAGCUGUGUCACUGUUUAUAUCAUCUGCUUUUUAAGCUCCAGCCUAAAACCUGGCUGAGCAUAGAGUGAAAGAUCUAAGCUGCAGCCAUGACUGAAAUCAUCCAAUCCAUUUAAAACAUCAGUGUUCUUAAUGUUUUUUUUUUUUUUGUAUAUCAGCUGUUUCUCAGAGUUGUUGAGAACGUGCUAUGAGUGCAUCCCACGCUGUGUCGACCUGCUGGCAGUGACAGGACAGAGGCGAGGAGCAAAGUGUCUUCCUGUAAUGCUGCAGGCUGGAACCUGUUCAGCUGCUCCUAAAGAUGACUUUUCCUCUUAUUGAAUGAUACUUAAUCAGAAGCUUUUCCUCUAGUUGAAUGGUAAACCAAAAUCAAAUUCAUCCCCUGACGACAACAGUGUUUGCAUUAGGCUUCACAAAUUUAAGUCCACAAACUGCAGGAAUAGCUCAUUAGCAGUUAGCAGCUUGUCCCUGCUUUGGUCUUAUCAGGACUGUGGAAUGUUUCAAAUGGACUGUUGUCUUAUGUCGCGUUCACGUCAAAACACAAGAAACAGGACAGAAUCUUAUUGCUGCAGCUUGAUGUCCACAAAAUAGUAAAGCUGUUAAGGUUUAUUUAUCUUGGAAUGCUACUAUAACCCCCACAUGUCGUACUUACGGCUCCCACCAAGAGGCAGACAUGAACGUUAUUAUUUCACAGUCAUAUUUCUGACGUGAACGUGGCAUCCUGUGAUCAGUCGAGCUGUGUUCAACGUUGCAUGACAGCCACUACUCCAGACAAUGUAAAUUAUACAGUAUAGGUCAGUCGAGAUACAGCAAGACCAAACAAUGUAUUACAUGCCAAAAUGGAAAAAAGAACAAAGUAUUUUUGGGAUUAAAAUCUUUGUAAUUGAA